AUAAACACAGACGUAAUAUUAUAGUACAUGUGCUGUAGUUUUUUCAUAUCUCAUUGUAGACAGAGUAGAUUUUUGCUCUCUUAUAUGCUUUUAGUCCGAGAUUCCUCCGAUUUUAUUCCAUCUAAAUGAUAUAUUAAUUGUCAUGUAGAAGCUUCUCAAAAUUAAGUAAGGUUGUUUGCGCAAAAUGUCAAAAGACAUGAGCAUUUUUACAAGAUGUGUGACAGGGUAACCUUGGCAUGCGACUCUGAUGCGUGAACCCCCUUCUCUAAAACUGAUUCUCCCCUUUGUCCUUAGCAACAUAAUUUUUCUUAUCCCACUUUUAUAUGACAAGAGGGGAACAAUUUUGUAUUUAGCCCUUAUUCCAAUUUCAUAUUAAAAAUUCUUUUGAGCUGUAUUUUGCUAUUUUGUUCUGUUCUCUUUAUAGAGACAAACAUGUAUAUUCUUACAUACAUUUGCACUUCAGUUGACUGUAAAUAUUGAGCAUGCUAACAUUCAAAUUACUAUUACUUACAAUUACAAACAUAGGCAUUACUCUUAAUUAAUCUAGUGUGUCAAAGACAAAUUCUCUAUUGUUGCCAGGUAUCAAGUACCAUGCAGUUUUCGCCAUUAUUUUAUGUGUUGAUAUUGCAAUCCAGCAGGGAGUAAUGGUUAUUGUCAAGAAACUUUUAUUUUUGUUAUGAAUUCAAAGAGGAAAAGGAAACCGGAAAUCAGUGAUGGAAAGCAAUCCUCAGCUCAAAGUCCUUCGGCAAAAGUUUUGAAAGUAGAAUCAGAAGCAAGAAAAAGCUUGUCCUCUGAUAAUCUUACCAAAGGAAUGAAAUCGAGGCUAGUAAAAAGUUUUUACAAGCAGGACUGCAAGAGUCUUGCCAAAGCAUUACUUGGCAAGGUUUUGGUACGCUACUGCAAAGACACGGGGGAGAGACUAAGUGGUCUUAUUGUGGAGACAGAGGCAUACCUAGGGGGAGAGGACAAAGGAGCCCACUCCUUUAAUGGUAAAAGGACUAACAAAAAUGAGGCCAUGUUUAUGGAACCAGGGACAUGUUAUGUUUACAAUAUCUAUGGCAUGUACUGCUGUAUGAAUAUAUCCAGUGAAGGUGAGGGAGCUGCUGUUCUGCUGCGUGGGAUAGACCCAGUGGAUGGAAUAGACCACAUGCAGAAAAUAAGAUCACAGAAGACCCUGAAGGAGAAGGACCUGUGUAAUGGUCCCUCAAAGCUCUGUCAGGCUCUGAAAAUUAGCAAAGACAAAUUCAACAAAGUGGACAUGACGUCUUCUGAUGAAAUUUGGCUGGAGGAUGGCGAAGAUUUACCAGGGACAAAUAUUGUGACAGGUGCCAGGAUUAAUAUUGACUAUGCUGAGGAAUGGGCGCAGAAGCCACUGCGAUUUUACAUCCUAGGAAAUAAAAGUGUGAGCAAAAGAGACAAAGCUGCUGAAGACAGCCUAUCAAGGGUUUGAUGAGAAAGUAGUUUUAUAGUACAUGUAUCUAGUCUUUUAUUACUAGAGCUACCUCUUACGGUCUUCUGAGAAAUUAAGGUUGUAUAAAUAUUAGUACAAUUGUUUAUAAUUUACAUUUUUUAUUAGAAAUAUUUUCAUUUCUUUAUGUUCUCUGAUGUUUGAAGAAAUACGAAUGAAAAGCACCUUGUUAAGCAUUUUACAUUUUUGUGCAGUCUAUCAAAUUACAACCUUUGAUAAACUUGAUGUUAUUACAGGGUAUACACAAUACAAACAAUGACCAUUUCAGGCAAUAACUUAGUACACUUAAAUGCUAUAUUACCAUUUCACUGGAAUGGCAUUGCAUGUUUAUUUAUGCGAGUUGAAAAUGAAAUUGUCAAUUUCAAUACUUCUGAACAUUAUGAAAAUGUUAUAAAAAAACAGUGAAUGCUAGAAGAGUUUGCUAAUAAUGUUUAUUAACACUUUGCCAUUAGAGAUAAGAUAUACCAAACUUGUUCCAUUUUGAUUUGUGACAAGUCAAAAAAAACUUCUGGUAUUAAAAAUGAAAAAUU